AAAUAUGUGUAUAGUGAGAGAGACGUAUAUAUAACAAUGGCACUAUAUGACACUCUGCAUAUGAAUGGAGGAGAUGGUGGCACUAGAUACACCACCAAUUCAUUCCCUCAAAAAACUGGGAUAUCAAAAUCAAAGCAUGUUUUGGAUGAGGCAAUAAAAGAUACGAUCACGGAUAAUGGCUUCCGAAAAUGCUUCAAGAUCGCCGAUUUGGGAUGUUCAUCUGGGACUAACUCCCUUUUCGUAAUUUCGCAUAUAAUCGAACAAAUCGAAGAGAUCUGCAAAGAGAAAAAUGGCAGCAGCCAUUCACCUAAUGAGUAUCAAGUGUUUCUGAAUGACCUCCAUGGAAAUGACUUCAAUACCCUCUUCAACCUUCUGCCCAAUUUUUAUGAUACACUUAAUAAUGAUAAUAAUCAAAGUAAAAAAUUAUGUUUUAUAUCCGUUUUACCGGGUUCAUUCUACGGCAGAUUGUUCCCAAGCAAUAGCCUCGAUUUCGUUCAUUCAUCCUACAGUCUCACUUGGCUUUCUCAGUUUCCUGAAGGACUUGAGAGCAAUAAAGAAAACAUACACAUAACAAAGGGAUGUCCCUCGGAGGUGCUUGAAGCUUACAAAAAGCAACACCAUAGAGAUUUCUCGACAUUCCUCAGCUUAAGGGCUGAAGAAAUGGUAACCGGAGCCCGUAUGGUGUUGACGUUUGUCGGCGGAAGACUCGCGGAUGAUGAGGAGUACGUACAAUUCACGAUUCUUGCAAACACACUUGUUGACAUGGUUGCAGAGGGGGUGAUCAAGGAGGCUGAUUUGCAUUCAUUCAACUUGCCUAUAUACACACCAAGCAAGGAAGAAGUCGAGGGAAUAGUUCGAAGUGAAGGGUCGUUUAAUCUUGAGAAACUCGAGAGAUUUCUAAUCCCGUGGGACGCAAAUGAUGGAAAUAGUAACGCUACGACUGCGGAAAUCGUGGCCAACUUCACCCGGGCUUUUACGGAGCCAAUCAUGGCUGCACAAUUUGGGAGCUCCAUUAUGGAUGAGAUGUAUGAAAGGUUUGGACAUAAACUGGGAGAGCUUCAAUCGUCUACGGACGCACCACCGUUCUCUAAUAUGGUCAUCUCCUUAUGUAAGAAAUGAAAAAAAAAAAUGUGUGCAUGGAAUAAGAUCAAUAAUAUAUACAUAAUGGUCAUCUUGUAAAACUUCUAUUGUAUUUGUUUGACGUUUGGUUUAUGUUGUGAAACUUAUAUAAUGUAUUUGAA